AUGCAACAAAUUCUCUGGCCACUCCAAUUAACUAGAGGCUUUUCUUCUGCUGCAAGAAACUUCAGGCAAUGGAGGUUGAUUGAAACAAGAAAAGUUGCUAAACAGCCAGACUACCAAGUUGGCGAUAUUAAGCCCCUGCAUAUGCCGAAAGAGAGGAAAAAAUUCCCAAACUAUAAGUAUGGGGAAUCCAACAUCUUCAAACAGAGCAACAAAGGUCUUUUUGGUGGAUCCUUCAUUCAGUUUGGUAACAAUAUUUCCGAGAGUAAAGCUAAAACGAGGAAGAAAUGGUUGCCAAAUGUUAUAAAGAAAGGUUUAUGGAGUGAAACUCUGAAUAGAAAAAUCAGUAUCAAAAUGACUGCAAAGGUUCUGAAAACAAUCAGUAAAGAAGGUGGAAUUGACAACUAUCUAACAAAGGAGAAAGCUGCAAGAAUAAAAGAAUUAGGACCUACUGGCUGGAAGCUUCGUUAUAGAGUCUUGAAGAGAAAAGAAGCAAUAGAGAAUUACCCACAUAAGGAUGCCCCCAUCAUAGAAAUGGCAGAUGGUAACAAGGCAAAAGUUUACUACAACGAAGUUAUAAACGGCAAGCCAAGAAAAAUAUUAGUCGGAAGAAGAAGGUUACUGGCCUUUUUAUAUCCUUUAGAGAAACUGGAGCACAAAUCAAUAGGGAAAGACUUGGACCACAGAAAGUUCGUUGAGUUAUUUGCUGACGUUCCAGUCAAGGAUAUCGUAUCUAAAUUGGAGGAUCACGAAUUUGACUUAUCCACCAUAACUGUAUAA